GUGACUGGGCAACAAAAUGGCAGAUGCAUGGGUCAGUUCAAGGUGUCUUUCAGGGCAGUCCCAGGGAUCUCUGGCCCUUUGGAAUCCAACCAGCCAAAAAGAUGGAAAAUAUUCCUGUGGCUUUAUUUGAUUUCCUUCCUUCAGCUUCCAAGCUCACAGAUGGAGCUUCCUGGCACAUGGCAUUUCUCAGGUGCCAGAAAGGGCCAUGAACCAAUCAUUUGUAUUGCAAUGAUCCCUGAUGGUCCAUCUGCUUUCGACAGUCCUUCUGGAAAGGAAGGCUGGGUGUGGGGUGGGGGACGAUUCCUGUGGCUGGGUUCACAAGUUCAGAGUGAACCUUUUCAAAGUUAUAAAGCAAAACAGAGAUAAUUUCUUACAGCCUGGCAUACGGGCAUUCCACGUGGGAUUAAUGCCUUACACCCCCACCCGUCUGCCUUGCACACCAGGAAGCUGCCCCCACCCCCUCCAGUUGCCCUGUGCUUUCACUUGGGUCCAACCUCUCCCUGGGCCAGAGAUUCCAAGGCUAGGAGGGGCCAUUGUGACCAUCUAGGCUGACCCGCUGGAUGACCCAGGCCAUAGGGCGGCACUAGAUUCAUUCCCGGUUGAGCCAGAGCAGAUCUUAUCGAAAAACAGCCCAUCUUGACUGAGAAAACUGCCAGGGAUAGAGAAUUCGCCCCAGCCCCCAGUGAGCUGCUCCCUCCCUGCUAUUGGAAGUAGUGGCCGUAUAAGCUAUGAUGCUGGAUAUAUGGAAAUACCUAGCGUGCACAGGCCCGUGGCCCGUGGAUAGCCACUGAACACUGGGAGGAUUCAUCCCGUGUCCCUCUGAUUCCCUCCCAGUGUCUUAGCCCUCAGGAACAGGGGAAUUGGGCAUUCUCAGGGUCUCUCCCCCAGAUCACAGGGGCCCACCAGAUCCUUUGGUCUGACCUGCAGAUCACAGGCCACUGACCCCCUCCCAGCUUCCCCCUCACCAAACAGACGUGUAGAAUUCGACCCCCGUAGCUCAACCCCCCUGGGGCGGGUUGGCCGUACGCUGAGCUCUGGUUUCCCUCCGUGCAGCGGUGCCGACGGAGCGUGGAGAUACAGGAGUGCUGAUGGCCCAGCGAGGCGCCUGGAUUAACAUGGCCAGCAUCCCACCUGCCACAAACGCCGUCCCCAACUCGUCCUUCCUGCCCACCCCCUCCCCAAGCUGCCCAGGGUCAUCGAACGGGAGCUCGCCCGGCCUGGACGUGCCCUACUUCCUGACGGAGACCAUCACGGCGGUGCUGUCCGUCUUGGGCAACCUCUUCAUCUGCACUGUCAUCCUGCGCGACAGGAAGCUGCGCGCCGUGGUGACCAACCACUUCCUGGUCUCAUUGGCUGCGGCCGACAUCCUGGUGGGCGCCGUGGCCAUCCCCUGCGCCCAGAUGGCAGACGCAGGGCUGCCACGGGGCCAGCCGACUCUGUGCUUGCUGAUGCUCUGCACUCUGCUGAUCUUCACGCAGGCCUCGAUCUUCGGCCUGUUGGCCAUCGCGGUGGAGCGGUACAUCUCCAUCCUCAAACCCUUCCAGUAUCCGUCCCUCAUGAGCCCCCAGAACUCGCUCCUGGUCAUCCUGAGUAGCUGGGUGCUGGCCACUUUCAUCGGGUUGCUCCCCCUCAUGGGCUGGCAUAAACCCUUCCCACCUGACGGCCAGUGCACCUUCAACGCCUUCAUCGAGGGCACCUAUGAGGUCUAUUUCAACUUUGUGACCUGCAUGCUGGUGCCACUGGCCACCAUGCUGGUCCUCUAUAGCCGCAUCUUCCUGGAGGCCAAGCGGCAGAUCCGCAAGGUGGCCGAGCGGGAGGUGGACGUGAGCCGGCAUGCCCGGCGCCGCCGCGUCCUGCACAAGGAGCUGAGACUGGCCACCUCGCUCUUUAUCGUCCUCUUCUGCUUCGCCCUCUGCUGGCUGCCCCUCAACGUCAUCAACACCCUCCAGCUCGUCUGCCCCAGCUGCCCCGUCCCCAGCCCACUGACGCUGGCGACCAUCGUCCUGUCCCACGCCAACUCCGCCAUCAAUCCUGUGGUGUACGUCUUCCGCAUGCGCUCCUUCCGCCAGGCCUUCACGGCCGCCUUCUCCUGCGCCUGGCACCCCCUGCCCGCCUCCGCCCAGGGCAAGUUCUGCACCUCUGGACUCACGCAGUCCAAUCAGCUAGAGCUGGCCAGCCGCAACAGCCCUCUGCCAGGAAAGUGACGUGGGUUGGUGGCCCACGGGAUUGGCCCCCUCUGGGACUCCCGGAGCCUCUUUUAUACCUAGAGGGUCACCGCUGAGCUGGUGAAGUCUAGUAAGACUGUCACUGCUCCCUAGUGGGAGUAUGACAUCCCCCUUUGCGGCCUCCUGGGCUAGGGACAGGGCAGAUGGAAGAAGAACCCAGGAGUCCUGGCUUCCAGCCUCUUCACUUUAACCCACUAGACCAGCGGUUCUCAAA